AUGUCGGUCCGGCUUUAUUGCAUGGCGGAGGCGGGCCUGUUUUAGCCGGGGAAGGGCGUUUGUUUUUCGGCUGUGUAACGUGGUUAGGGGUGGGUUCGAGCUGAAGAAAACCCACCUUUUCUUUCUCAUUGUCUGGAGCUGUGAGGAAUGUGCCGGUCUAAUCCGGGAGACACACACACACACACACACACACACACACACACACACACACACACACAGACACACAGAGAGAGACACACACACAUAGAGGGAGAGAGAGAAAGAGAGGCGCGCGCGCACCACACACACACAUACACGCAGAGAGAGAGAGAAAGUCAGUCCAGUGUAUCGGAGCUGUUCGCCGGGGAGCUACCUCACUUUCAUCCGCCAGGUUUUUGUUUAAUGGGAUUUAUCACCGUCCACGUGUCGAGUUCACUAUGGAGAGAUCACUACUGACUGAGAUCAGUUCAUCACUUCGUUUGCUCGUCUGAUAGAAUGCCUUCUUUCACAGUGAUACUUCCCCUAGCACAUUUGCGAGAAUCAAGCAGCCAGGAAGUUGGACUAACCAGAAUAUCAAGCAGCAGCGAGGUGAAGGUGUGCACUGCACAGAUUCCAAGGACAUCGAUUUCCCAUCCUUCCUCUUUAGGGUUUCUAGUGCAAUAAGACUUAACUACACAAAUGUGUACCCUUCCACAAAGGCAGCAUCUAAAUCCUACAGUAUCUUAGUAACAGAUAUCAGUAUGACUGAGUUCAAAGACACAACCAACCGCCAUCUCAGGCACAAACUUCAAAGUUUGGGGCGGCGUCUGGAUGAGCUUGAGGAGGCCACAAGUAAGCUCCAAAAGGCUGAGGAUGAACUUCUGGACCUCCAAGACAAAAUCAUCCAAGCCGAGGGAAGUAACUCUUCCUUGCUCGGCGAUGUUGAAGCACUUCGCAAGAGAGUUCUUAAAAUUGAGGGGAAGGAUGAGGAGGUGAGAAAAGCAGAAGACCUUUGCCGAUUGAUAAAGGAGAAACUAGAAGAAGAAGAGACUCUUACUAAGGAGCUCAAAGCAGAGAUUGAGCGUCUUCAGCUCAAAAUGACCGAUCUGGAGAAGCUGGAGGAAGCAUUUGGGAAAAGCAAAUCAGACUGCACACAACUUUGCCUGAGCCUAAAUGAAGAAAAAAAUCUUACCAAGAAGCUCUCUGCUGAGCUAGAGGCCCUGAAGGCCAGAGUAAAGGAAGUGGAUGUCUCUGAGGCAUCUCUGACCCGGGCAGAGCAGGCCCUGACCACUGAGAUGGAGAAACUAAAAAGCCUCACUCAGACAUUUGUUGUGGAACGCAAAAAGCUUCUGGAAAAACAGAGAGAAGAUGAAAAGAUCAUUCUCAAAUUAACUGAAAAGCUUGAACAACAGAAAAGCAAGGUUGGUUCGUUAGACCAUAGCCUCAAUGAGUCCCAUGAACUUAUUAUUGAGGAUGACCUCUCAGCAGGCUUUGGUAGCAAGCUGGCACGAAAGAAGAAGCUCUCACAAGAUGUUGGCUUGAGAAACAAAUCAGAGAAUGAAAAAAACAGCCUAGAAGGGCCAGAGGACAACAAGAUAAAAGACCUUACACAAGAAGUAGAAAAUCUAAAGAGCCGCUUGAAGCAGCUGGAAAUGGUAGAAGAGGACCUGAAAAACACUGAAUCGAAGAAUACUGAGCUAGAAGUAAAGUUCCAGCAAGAGAGGAGUCGCAACCAGGUGCUGAAUGACCAACUCGAGCAGCUGAAGAUUCAGUAUUUUAGUAGUAAUGGAAGUCGGUCUUUUGUUUCCAGUACGCCAAAUGUUCUUGAGAAUGGCAAAGCUGAAACUGAGGAGAUCAGCAUAUGUAGUGGCUCUAGGCAGGAGAAGAAGGGUAAGGUUUUGGCUGCCACUGAGGCAGUUAACCCAAAGUAUAAAAAAAGAGACAAUUCACCACAGCAACUGAAAUUCAAGAGUAAAGAUCUCAGCCAGGCAGCAGAGAAAUCCCCUACGCGGAGGGCCCUAAGUCCUGCCCAUAGGCCUAAGAAAACUGGGUUAAAAACUGGGUCUUCAAAUACUCCAGACAGUGGGCUGAAAUAUGAAAACACUGUUGAAGAUAAACUCGGAAGUGCCUUUCACGCCACAAGUGAGAAUAAAGUUUCUGUACUUAGCCGUUAUCCUCCAGCUGCCCGUGACCAAAAGCCUGGAAAGGUAUCGGUUAAGCCAGGUACCACUGAGAGCAAGAAAGCAAGUAGAGUUGUGGCUCCACCAGAAAAAGACAAAUUAACUGAAACCGAGUCUACAGGACCUCCACAAGAGGUAACUACAGUGGUAAGUCUUUCCCAUGCAAAUGGGUCUUACACUGCCUACAGAUCCCACGUAACGUCAUCUGGUGCAAUUGAUCAUGGAUCAGAAGGUCACUCAUCAGCCUCAGAAACAGAAUCUGCUGGAUCAAAGCGCUCAGUGGGUGAGCAAGACACUACUCCUGUAAUAUCCAUUCUAGGUGGCAGAACAACCGAAUCCAAGUAUUCAAGGUACGCUCGAUUGCAGGAUUCUCACUCUGCUGGGUCUUCAACAAGGAGCUCUUAUGAUGAGGAGCAGCACAGGGCCCUGAUGAUGGAAGGUGGAUCUCAGGAACCUUUUCAGACAUCCACAGGAAUUGAAAUCCAACGUGUUUGCAGCCCACGUGAGGCUUUAUGCUCUAAAGUACUCAUCAAGCCAGCCAUCAUAGAGUAUGACAGGAAGGAAAUUAUGUCAGGAGGGAGCAUGGAUCCAACACAUACUAGCGAGAAACCGAAAAUAGCCAACAAGCCUAACAAGAUGACCAGCAGCAUUACUUUCUAUCCCAAUGACCCCAGUGCUUCUCGAAGCAGCAGUCGAAGCAGCAGUGUUUCAAGUGACCCUCUACCCAGGAAUCGACACACUUCUACCAGCAAUAUUGUCAUUUCGCCAAACCCGGAGCUCAGAGGCAGCAUCACCAUCCCAUAUGAAAUAUCCAUUCCCAAAAGCGAGAUCACUCUAAGGUCUGCUGAUAGUGAUAUUGACAAUUCUGAACUUCCUAACGUUUUGGAGACAGCUCGUAUAGAAACAACAAUUCUGUCCCGGAGCAGUUUGAAUUUUCAGUCCCCAGAAAUGGGGUCUGAGCUAAACAACAGUGAGUCAGGCUUUGAAAGCAAUGAAAGUAUUAUUACAACUGCGACAGUCAUGAGCCAGAGAAGCCACAACAAUGACCACUGCUCAACCCAGGAGGAUAAUGUGCCAGAGAUGAGGAAUGUGACUGUUAGAAGUGCAUGGAGGAAUCGAGGGGCAGUAAGUGCGGACCAAGUUGGACCAAGACAUGAUGGUUUGGAGGAUGAAACUGAACCCACCACAACAUGGAGAGCAUACAGAGCUACCACUGUCCUGGACACCGAGGAGAAUUUAACAUCUCCGAAUGUCACAGCACGAGUUGGAAAGCCAAGCCCAGCAGAGAGGUAUAUGCGAAGGAUCAGUAGCGGAAAUACUGCUAGAGAUUCUCUAGAGUCCUCACGCAGGAACAAGAGUGUGUCCCCAAUAGAUAGCAGUCUUCAAAAGAUCAUCCCCCAUGAGCCUGUCUGUGCCCAGCAACUGCAACCAAGAAUGCGAAAAGAACCUCUCGCUGUUGAUGAGAGCGAGCCAGCAGCAACUACGUGGAGGAGGCGGUCAGUAGAUGACGUGAACCCUUCCGAGCGGCGCAGAGGUCGAGGGUCGUGGACAGGCAAGGCUAGUGUCGGUGACGGGAGUCGCCCCUGGAACAACCGUCAGCUUGACAAUUAACACUGUGCUUCCACAGAGGUCCCAUUUGUGACGUCGCUCUCGUGUUUAGGCUCCGCUGCAUUUCAAUCCUCAGACAAUCUCCAUGCUGCACUUGAACUCCCCUAGCUCCUCCCACACCACCCCUGGCCUCACCUGCCCUUGACCUCUCCCACAGCUGCCCUGGUGUGUUGCCCGGGCCUGGAUGCAUGCUUGCCGAGAGGGACGGGGAAACGGAGAGACAGGGUUCAGUGCUGCUGAGAUUUUACACAGAUUAGGUGCAUCAUCUCUACUCUGGAAGUGACGUUGGACACCUGAGCUUUGGGGCUAUGUGGUACAGCCAGGAGCAUCCUGUAUCUCAAAAUCUGUGCUUGUGAUUAAAUAUACAUAUAUAUUUUUUUCUUCUCCUCCUUCCACGUGAUCAGGAAUUUUGGCGACUUGUUGCACAAACCCAGGAUCAUCAUGCAAACGCACAGCUUUGCACAUUCUCAAAUAUUCAUCAGGAAAAAGAAAAGCGUCCCUGUUCGUGCUCACAUAUGAUCUUUUUUAUCCAUGCUUUUUGUCUGUAUCAGCCUUCAGAGUGCCAAAGUGUCGUUCCACCCCCCCCCCCCCCCUUUAAAAAUAUAAAUAUUACACUUCUGUUAGUCACCUUGCUGUCACUGGUUGUGAAAUUGCACAUCAGAAAAUGGCAACCAGCAAUAAACGCAUGACUCAAUUUUUUUUCGCAGACAAGCUGCUUCUCGAACAGCGCAGGAUAUUAGAAUGGGAUCAUGGUCCAAUCAUCAGUAUGUAAAUAAAUGUGUAAGAAACUGGAUACCCGGGUGGUUUGGACACAGAGUGGAACAAACAAACACACGCAUGCUUUGCACAGACAGAAACAAGGCAUAAAGAGAAAGUGGAAUGGUGGUUUUUAUUCCCAGGACACAGAGGCUGAAACCAACUGAACCCCUUUGCUCCCACAGUGCAUUGCUGCAGGAAUGGGAUUGGGAUUCGGCACCGUGGACGUAAAAGAAAGCGCCAAAAUCCAUCCACAUCUCCACGCGCUACCUGCUGACACGGGCUGCAGUGAUGUCACGAGCCCUGAGCUCUGAUUGGAUAAGAAGGGUGUUUUGAAAAUUACAGCAGCUACUGUGAUUGGACAGAGCACGUACUCUGAAAAUGAGCACUGAUCAGGUUCGUUGUCAUCGUCUUCAGCUUCAGCUUUUUUUUUUUUUUUUAAUAUAAAAACGUACCGAAAUGCUGUUAUGGACAUGCGUCUUAAAACUGAACUCUCAAAAAAAAAAAAAAAAAAAUGAUGCCAGUUGUGGGUCCACUGUCCUCUAGUCCCUGACAAGUCAAUCCAAAUUUCACUGGAUUCAUGGGAUCUGUCUUUCUGUCUGUCUUUCUGUCUGACUGUCUGUCUGUCUAACAGUUUCUGCUCAAAGCAUCCGUAUCAUUCAGCUUUGCCGUGUUUUCUCAGUAGUCUCUCUUUAAGAGGAACCCAGUUCAAGUCAUUAGCGUUAACUGAUCUUGUGUGCCGUCGUGGCCAGUGUUUCCCAUUCCAGCACCGUCCGCUUCUGCCGUCGCGUAGAUGGUCUUCGUUUAGACGUUUGAGCGCCUGUUGCACUUAGUUGAAGAAAGUUACAUUUCCACUUCCAAUAUAUUGCUACGAGUAUGCAGAAGUGUUUUUUUUUAGAUGCUUAGAUUCUGUCAUCCACUAAAGUUUGUACAAGAGGCGUGUGUGUGAGAGAGAGAGAGAGAAAGAGAGAGAGAGAGAGAGAGAGAGAGAGAAUGUGUGUUUGUGUGUGUUUACACACGCUCAUUGUGUCACCUACAGUCUCUCACACAGUGUAACAAUGUGAGGUUGUGUGUGUGUGUGUGAGACUGUUUGUGUGUGAGAGUGAGAGACAGUGUCUCAGUGUGUGUAGCAGGAGAGAUCUCCAGCUUUUUAAGAUAUAGUGCAUUAUGUUUCUCAGCUGUGCUUCUAAUUCCUCCCCAAAAAAAUGCUUAUACCAAACCACUUUUUUUCUUCUUCUAAUUUUUUUUUUUUGUUCAAACCUACAACACGUAUCAACACGCUCCUUAAAAUUCCACGCCGCCGACACCCUCAACCAGCUCCACUUCCUCCGUUGGGGAUUUCAGGUUGCUGUAAAUCACUGGCGCCCAUCACACAACCCAGAACCCCCCACCCCCCACCCAAACCCACAACAACGUCUCAGUCGUUUUGUUAGCUGCUCAAAUGUCAUUGCAGUUAAUAAACAGAGCCAUGAUUCUUUUCUUUUCUUUUCUUUUCAAAGUCGGCACUGCAGCUACUUGUGUUCUUAGAGGUGCUAAAAAUAAUAUUUUUGGGGAUAGCACCGUUUAUAAAGAGAGAUCAGGGCUACUUAGGCUGCAUGCAAGGACUUGUCAGGAUGUCGUCUUCGCUCUGGUCCUAGUUAGGAAGAGCUGGAUACUAAAUCCUAAUGCUGUCGCUGAUCAUCCAGUGUUUUUACACAGAGAUGAAAGUGUUGUGUGUCCGUUUGUUUGUUUGUUUUGGGGUUUUUUUUGUAUUUUUAACAAACCUGGGAAAAACAAAAACAGCUUUUCAUUUUAUUUUUUGCACUAAAAAUAAUAAAUUCAUUUGGGGUGAUUAAAUUAUUCAGAAAUUGCGUCAUUGGGAAAAAUCUGCCUUUCCUGCCACCAUCUUGCUGUAUUAAAAACAUAAAUGCAACUCUCUCUCCUUAAAAUCACUAGAUCAAGAUCAUCAGCCCCAAAACGAAUGAAAUUAUGAAAAGCAACAAAAGGUGAAAUUUCAUAGGCAAAAAAAAAACGUGUUUAUUUUUCUUUUCUCUGUCCAUUUUUUACUCAUCUCUCCAAUCUUCUCCAUUACACACUAAUCUGGAACCUGGACAUUUUUUUAUUAUUAUUUUUUGAUUUUUUUUUCCUCUGGCUUUCAUUCAGCUGAACCUUUUAAAAAGCAGGUCGUGUUGAAGCUUGCUGCCGGUAAUCACAUGCAUUAAUGUUAAGUAUGUAGCUGAAGGCAGCUCAUCGGUCCAGAAACUAGAGAUGUUUUAGUUUUUGCAGAUGUUUAUAGAUUUUUUUUUCUUCUUCCUAUUUUUCUAUUUUAUUUAUCGUCUUCAGUCUGAUCUAAUGUGUCUCAUCUGCAAAACAAUGUCAAGAACAAAAACUGAACAGACUGAAAAGCACGAUUUUAUUUUUAAAAACCACUUCAAAUUGUCACGUUUAAAGCCUGAAAACGCACCGUUAAUGGUGACGACGUACUCAUUAUUUAUCUGGAUCUUCAGGAACCUUACGUAAUCGGAGCGUCACAUAUUUUGGUUGAAUUGCCCUGCUGCUCCGUCUCACUCUCACCAAUGUUCACUCCAAAUGUUAUCUGCUUCCAGACAUGAUGUUUGCAUGACCAUGAACUGACUCGAGGUCAAAAUGUGUUCAUGAAUGGAUCGCAGACGUGAGCAAUAACCAAAUUCGGACACGGUCAGCGACCGCGACUCAAUCAGCGACUGGAAUCUCUGCGGUAGAGAUUUUUAAUAAAGUAACAUUUUGGGGACGUUGUGUUUGGUGUCUGUGUAAUAAAUAAAAAAUAUAUAUAUAUAUUCUGUCCGUAACCACACUCAUUGCACUUCAUUGGUCCCUGCAAAAAAAAACGUAUUUGGUUUCUUUGAAUGUACAGCCAUAGAGUGUGUGUAUAUAUAUUUGUACGUGGGGUUUGUUUUGUUCUGUUUUUUGUUUUGUUUUUUCACCUAAGAAUGAAGUUAAUGAAUAAAAUUUCAGCUGUUGGAGGAGAGAGAAAAAGAAAUGGCGGGGAUGUAACAUUUAUCGUUUUGCUUUGCACCUUUAUCAUUCCAUGGUGUUUUCUUCAUUUAAAAUAUAUAUACUGUAUAUAUAUAUAUAGUUUACAUUGGGGGAAAAUAAGGCCUGAGGUGUGCAGGGCAGGAAUUAAAGGGUAAAUUCAGAAUUUUUCUUUCUUUCAUGUCUUUGUCUACCUUUUUUUUUUAAAAGGAAAAAGAUCCUUAUUUUGGAUUCUUGUAUCAGAAAAUCGUAUUUAAAAUAUCUUGUAAUUUUUGUAAAGUUGGCCUGUUGAGUUUUUUAAUUUUAUUCCCUUUUCAUUUUUUUUCCCCCCCACUUUUUUUUAUUGCUUGUAUCUUUCCAUUGUACGCUCCUGGAGAGUUACUUUUUUUUUUUUAUUAGUAUUGUCUUAAUAUUUGGUUGUUUUUUUUCUUUCACAUUGUUUAUCUAUCUCUGCCGGUAAUCAAGAAUGCAAAUCUACUAUUUUUUCCCAUAAUUCUGCAAUCCUAACAUACAUACAUUAUAACUCCUAGUGCUUAGAAAUGUGUAAUGCAGGUGGAUUGGUUUCAGGUUUGUAACUGCUGUUCCUCACGCCGACCGACCUCCAGCCUCCUAAAGUAGGAGUGUUGUCUUUAUGUUGCCAAAGAUAGACAGGCCUAGACAGUCCUGGGCCUUAAACCCUCACACUUUCACUCACACACACACACACACACACACAAAAACAACAUACAUAUAUAUAUACAAUCCUCAUAAAUAAUGUGUGUGUAGUGUAAUAUUCAUAAGUGCAGACACACACACACGGGUCCGGACAAUCAAUCAAGGGAGGCAUUCUUUUGUGACUUUGUUAAUGCAGUAUUAAUCCUCAUUGUCUGAGGUGUGUGAGAGCAAGAGUGUAUACACACACAGGGCAGGGCCUCUACUGUUACUAAUCUAUUUUAGCAUAAACUUUUCGUGCAUGUUUAAGCUGAGCGCAUUGUGCAUGUCGCUAGAGAUCUCUCCUCAGGCUGCCGGAUUCGACAGCAGCUCAUGUAUUCCAGUUAAGUAAUAAAACAUGUUUGUAACAUGA